UCCAUUGACUUAAACUGUUUAUAAUAGAUUCAUCUCACCUUAUAUAUUUUCAUACUUUUGCAUUUGAAAAAUAAUGCAUUUAUCAUCUUCAACACCACCACCUCCUUCCUCCUUCUCCUUUCUUUCUCUCUCCUAUCACCGACUCUUCAUCCACAACACCAUGGACCAACCGGAGUUCCCCAACAGCCAGUCACCCCGACGAGAGCUUCAGCUCCAAGGUCCUCGGCCGGCGCCACUCAGAGUACGUAAAGACUCUCACAAGAUCAGAAAACCUCCUGUGGCACCAACACAGCAGCAUCAGCCACAAGCUCAGCUCCGGCCACCGGUGAUAAUUUACACAGUCUCUCCCAAGGUAAUUCACACGGACCCUAGUGAGUUCAUGACUCUGGUGCAACGUCUCACCGGCCCAUCUCCGGUCACUUCAUCGUCUUCUUUUUUUCAAGACACCGCCGGUGUAAUAUCGCCGGCGGCUCGUUUUGCUUCCAUGGAAAAAGCUAAACCCCGGGAAGGGACGAAACCAGAAAAUGGUGAUAUGGGUAUGGUUGAAGGAAUAGAGAUAAGCAGUGUGGUCGAGAGAACGGUGUCGUUUCCGGGUAUUUUGUCACCUAAUCCGGCGUCUCUUCCGACUAUCCCACCGAACUUUUUCUCUCCACCGUCUGAUCCAAAUCCUCUGAGCUUCUUUCAGGAUUUAAGCCCUAUAUUACGAGGUAAUAAGAAUUAUAUAGAGGGUAGUUUCAUGCCUAGUCCAUAUUUUCUUUCACCUUCUAUGACUUCCCCAAUACCAUCUUUUGAUAUUUUCAACAAUUUCUUAGAUUUUUAAGCCUUUAGAACUAGAUAGAGAGGGCAGGGGAGGGGGGUUUUGUCUGGUUUUGUGUUUAUUCAAUGGUGAGGAUGAUACAGAAGGGGACUAUAUUGGAAUUUCAGUAAUUUUCUUAGAUCGAUUUCUUCUAGGAAAUUUUUUUGUCUUUUUAAUUAAAAGGGUGGGCCACAUGAUGUGGGCUGUUUUGGCUGA